CACAUGUUUAUGUGAAUUUUGUAAGACAUUACAAAACGAAAAUGAACGGGAUAACGAAUAAUCAAAAAGAUUCAACACCUGCAAAAACAAAUAAUCUAGCAGGAAGUGGUUCUGGAUGGCCAAAACGUAAUGGUCAUACUAUUAAAAGUGAAAUAAAUAAUUCAAUAACCUCUUUAAACCAAUUAGCAAUAAAUCGUGCAAUAAACUUAUAUCCGUUAACAAAUUAUAUAUUUGGAACAAAAGAACCUUUAUUUGAAAAAGAUCCAAGUGUACCUGCACGAUUUCAACGGAUGCGAGAUGAAUUUGAGCGUAUUGGAAUGCGACGAAGUGUUGAAGGAGUUUUAUUAGUACAUGAACAUGGAUUAACUCAUGUACUUUUGUUACAAUUAGGUACAACAUUCUUCAAAUUACCUGGUGGUGAAUUAGCACCUGGUGAAGAUGAAGUUGAAGGAUUGAAACGAUUAUUGACCGAAACUCUUGGUAGGCAGGAUGGCAUCAUACAAGAAUGGUUAGUGGAAGACAUAAUCGGUAAUUGGUGGCGACCUAAUUUCGAACCACCACAAUAUCCGUAUUUGCCUCCUCAUAUCACACGGCCGAAAGAACACAAGAAAUUAUUUCUUGUACAACUUCAGGAAAAGGCGUUAUUUGCAGUACCCAAAAAUUAUAAGUUAGUAGCAGCGCCAUUAUUUGAACUUUACGACAAUUCACAAGGAUACGGGCCAAUUAUAUCGUCACUACCUCAAGCUCUUUGUAGAUUCAAUUUCAUUUAUAUGUAAUCAGUAGACGAAAUGAUGAACUCGGACCAAAGCAAUCAAAUUUUUGGAUAUCACGAAAUAUGAUUUCGUAAAGAUGGAUAUUGGACGGUUUUGAGUUUUUUUUUAAAA